AUGUCGAGUGCUACAAACCCCAAAGCAUUCCCCCUGGCCGACGCUAAUCUGACCAACCAAAUCUUGGAUUUGGUCCAACAAGCUUCCCAUUAUAAACAACUGAGGAAAGGGGCCAACGAGGCUACCAAAACCCUCAACCGUGGAAUAUGUGAAUUUAUCGUCUUGACUGCCGAUACCGAACCCAUCGAGAUCUUGUUACAUUUGCCAUUACUUUGCGAAGAUAAGAACGUGCCUUACGUCUUCGUACCUUCAAAAACAGCACUAGGUCGAGCUUGCGGAGUUACCCGAUCUGUCAUCGCUUGUUCAGUUACCACUAAUGAAGCAAAAGAACUCCAAAAACAAAUCGAGACCGUCAAAAGUCAAAUCGAACGAUUACUCAUCUGA